GAAUUGCCAAGCAUAAUCAAAAUGGAAAAUCAGAUUUUAGAUUACAGAAUUGAACAAUGAAGUAUAAUUAAGAUUAAAACUAUUGUUCAUUUAAAAUCAAUGAGAAUUAAUAUCCAACUGAAUGGCCACAAUGACGUAUGCAGAAGCUAAGAUGUAUAAAUUGUGUGAUUUGAUUAAUGAUUUGUUUGGUCUUGUGUAUGAGAAGUGAGCUCUGCACCAUGCGGCUCUUUUACAUUGGACUCAUCUUAUGUUUAAGCACUGUUGUUAAAUCAGAGGACUUUGUUACACCAUGUAAUGAAGGGAUUCCACGAACUUGCACUUGUAAGCUUGCAGAUCCCUCGUUACCAUGGGAACCUGUGAGUGACACAUGUACCAAAGGAUGUCUGCACAAUAUUGACUACAGCGAGAUAACGUGGCAAGAAGCUAUGGACUUUUGCAGAGGUAAAGGCGGCGAGCUGGUAAGAUGGAAUAUUCAACAAUGUUACGAUGACAUUGAAGGAUGGCUGAACUGCAAAGGUUACACAGACAGUAAGAGAUUCUGGAGUGCUGGUGGAAUUGCGGUUGAACUGGACAAAGUGUCAAAGGGCAAGUCAGAUAAGAUGAACUGGGCAGCUAUUGCUGAUGGUCAAGUUCAGUACUUUGAAACUGACCCUACUAUGGGUGAUGUCAACAUCACCACUUUGGGCAAGGUCGUCCUACAUCGUAAAAGCAACGGUGUCCUUGUGCCUGAGAAUCAACCAUCACAGGCAAACAAGAUGUUUAUCUGCCAGACUCAAUGUGAUCAUCUUGGUCCAGUACUUCCUCCACCCCCUCAAGGUGAUGCUCUUGCCGAUGACCUCGAAAUCCGUCAAAAUGAUAUUGCAGCCAAUGACCGUCGACCCCCUCAAGAUGAACUUGCUGCUGAUGAACCCCAGUCUCGACAGCAAGUCCCAGUUGACUGUAGUAUCAAUCUAAAUUGUCCAUCUUCUGCCCCUUUCUGCUAUGGAGGUGCAUGCCAUAUUUGCAACGUCACAAAUCAUGAUGGAUGUGAAGACCCUGAGAAACCGAUCUGCAAAUUGAAUGACGUCACAAACUGGCUUGAGUGUGGUGAUCCACAUUUUGUUGAGAGUAUUACUGGAAGUGACAUACCCGUCUGCUAUACGUUGUUUGGAAGAGCUGGACAACAUUACAAGCUCUUAGAAUAUGAAACCACAAGCAUCACUGGGACUUUUGCAGACUCCAAGACCCCAAAUUUGGCCCAUUAUCUUGGUGCUCUAACAAUAACAUCAGGUGGUGAUGUAAUUCAUUUUACUGGUCACCAUAUUGAGAUUAAUGGAGAGGAGCAUGAAUGGGAAGUAGCUCCUUCUGUGGGCCUUGAGAGGGGAAAUGCAGAAGUGAUCUUCAUCAACAAACGACAGGUAACUUUUGUAUCUGCUGUGUCUGGUAUAGAAGUUGCAAUUUCAAGACGAGGAAGCGAGAUGGGUCAAAAUUCAAGACUAGACUUAACAUUCACUGUUCCCGUAAAUAUAUCAGGAGCUAAAGGAAUUAUGGGUGAUAUGAAGAGUGGUACUGUGACAUCUAAAGAUGACUUGAAAGGAACACUGACAAUCGCUGAUGCAACUGCAAAUGUUCACAUUGAUGAUGUUAAGUAUGGAGG